AUGUCAAUUCCAUUAGAACAACAAGUUACCUUACCAGACGGCCAAAAAUUCACCUUACCCACGGGCUUAUUCAUUAACAAUGAGUUUGUCAAGUCCAAAAGUGGUCACACUUUAGAUUCCAUCAACCCUGCCACUGGGGAAAUCAAUGGUACCGUAUAUGCUGCUGAAACUGAAGAUGUUGAUGUCGCAGUCAAAGCAGCUAAAGAAGCUUUCAAAUCAUGGAGAAAAGUUUCGGGGGUCGAUAGAGGUGUUUUGUUGAACAAAUUAGCCGAUAAAAUGGUUGAGCAAAGAGACUUGUUGGGAUCAAUUGAAGCUUGGGAUUCAGGAAAGACCAAAGAACAAAAUGCUGUUUAUGAUAUAGAUGAAUGUGUUAGUUGUUUUAGAUAUUUUGCGGGAUGGGCUGAUAAAGUUACGGGAAAAGUUAUUCAAAAUGAUCCUAAGAAAUUGGCAUACACAGUUCAUGAGCCAUUAUCAGUUGUUGGACAAAUUGUUCCAUGGAAUUACCCAUUAGCUAUGUCUGCAUGGAAAUUGGCUCCUGCUCUAGCUGCCGGUAAUGUUGUUGUAUUGAAGACUUCAGAAAUUACUCCUUUGUCAAUGUUGUAUGUUGCUACUUUGAUUAAAGAAGUUGGUUUUCCACCAGGCGUUGUAAAUAUUAUUUCUGGUUUUGGAAAGACUGCAGGUACAGCAUUGUGUGUACAUCCCGAUGUUGCCAAAAUUGCGUUCACUGGAUCUACAGCUACUGGUAAAUUGAUUGCCAAAACUGCAGCCGAUACGAUGAAGGCUGUUACUUUGGAAUGUGGAGGUAAAUCACCAUUGAUUAUUAGAGCAGAUGCUGAUUUAGAUCAAGCAGUUAAAUGGGCUGCAGUUGGUAUCAUGUCCAAUCAAGGUCAAAUUUGUACUGCUACUUCGCGUAUCUAUGUUCAUGAAUCAAUUUACGACAAGUUUAUUUCCGCUUUAUCAACUCAUGUUCAACAAGAGUACAAACAAGGUUCUAUGUUUGAUGGAGAUGCAAUUGUCGGACCACAAGUUUCGGAACAACAACGUGAUAAAGUUUUGAAAUAUAUUGAAAUUGGGAAACAAGAGGGAGCUAGAGUUGUAUUGGGUGGUGAAAAGAAUUCCGAAGGUGAAUUAUCAAAAGGUUAUUUUAUUAAACCAACGAUUUUUGCUGAUGUCAAACCUACAAUGAGAAUUGUUAAGGAAGAGAUUUUUGGUCCUGUUGUUUCAGUAGGUAAAUUUAGUACUGAUGAACAAGCAAUUGAAUUAGCCAAUGGUACUGAAUAUGGGUUAGGUGCUGCUAUCUUUACUAAUAAUUUAACAGUUGCUCACACAAUGGCGGCAGAUAUUGAAUCCGGUAUGGUGUGGAUUAACUCAUCUAAUGAUUCGGAUGUUCAUAUUCCAUUUGGUGGUGUAAAAAUGUCAGGUGUUGGUAGAGAAUUAGGGGAGUAUGGUUUGGAUAUGUAUACUCAAGCAAAAGCCAUUCAUGUCAACUUGGGUUUUAAGUUGUAA